GUCUGUCUAUAGCUUAACGCACCCUGCUGGACCGCAGCAUCCAGCAUCCAGACGGGUCCAGCGGCCGGAGAGAGGCGACGACAGGUCCACUGUUUCUUCCUUCUAACGGAGACAGAGUGUGGUUCUCAUCAUGGGGGAACUGUUCAGGAGCGAGGAGAUGACCCUGGCUCAGCUCUUUCUCCAGUCUGAGGCUGCCUACUGCUGCGUCAGCGAGCUGGGAGAACUGGGCAUGGUCCAGUUUAGAGAUCUAAACCCAGAUGUAAACGUGUUCCAGCGCAAGUUUGUGAAUGAAGUGAGGAGAUGUGAGGAGAUGGACAGGAAACUGAGGUUUGUGGAGAAGGAGAUCAAGAAAGCUAACAUCCCAACUGUGGACACUGGAGAAAAUCCUGAGGUGCCUUUCCCACGGGACAUGAUCGAUCUGGAGGCCACCUUUGAGAAGCUGGAGAAUGAACUGAAGGAGAUCAACACCAACCAGGAAGCGCUGAAGAAGAACUUCCUUGAGCUGACAGAGCUCAAACACAUCCUCCGUCGAACGCAGCAGUUCUUUGAUGAGAUGGAGGAUCCAAACCUGCUGGAGGAAUCAUCAGCUCUAAUGGAGGGCAGUGAGGGCGGCCGUGGAGCCCCGCUCAGACUGGGUUUUGUAGCCGGAGUGAUCAGCAGGGAGAGAAUCCCAACCUUUGAGAGGAUGCUGUGGAGGGUGUGUCGCGGUAACGUCUUCUUAAGGAAGGCAGAGAUCGAGGACCCUCUGGAGGACCCCACCACGGGAGACCAAGUCCACAAGUCAGUGUUCAUUAUCUUCUUCCAAGGUGACCAGCUGAAGAACAGAGUGAAGAAGAUCUGUGAGGGGUUCCGUGCCUCACUUUACCCAUGCCCAGAAACCCCCCAGGAGAGGAAGGAGAUGCUGGCUGGAGUCAAUAGCCGCAUCGAUGACCUCCAGAUGGUGCUGAACCAAACAGAGGACCACCGUCAGCGAGUGUUGCAAGCUGCCUCCAAGACCAUGAGGGUGUGGUUCAUCAAAGUGAGGAAGAUGAAGGCCAUCUACCACACACUUAACCUCUGCAACAUCGACGUCACUCAGAAGUGUCUGAUUGCCGAGGUGUGGUGUCCUGUCUCAGACCUGGACUCCAUCCAGUUUGCUCUGCGCAGAGGGACGGAGAGGAGUGGCUCGACUGUGCCCUCCAUCCUCAACAGGAUGCAGACCAAGCAAACCCCCCCUACCUUUAAUAAGACCAACAAGUUCACAUCAGGCUUCCAGAACAUCGUUGACGCCUACGGCAUCGGGAACUACCGGGAAAUCAAUCCAGCUCCCUACACCAUCAUCACUUUCCCCUUCCUGUUUGCGGUGAUGUUCGGUGACAUGGGUCACGGCUUGCUGAUGACCUGUGCUGCUCUCUACCUGGUCAUCCGAGAGAGUCGCCUCCUCUCCCAAAAGAGUGACAACGAGAUGUUCAACAUGGUGUUUGCUGGUCGCUACAUCAUCCUGCUGAUGGGGCUCUUCUCCGUCUACACUGGUGUCAUUUACAACGACUGCUUCUCCAAGUCACUCAACAUGUUUGGCUCUGGAUGGAGCGUUAGGCCCAUGUUUGGUCCAAAAGGAGCCAACUGGACGUUCGAGACACUUGAUGGAAAUUCAGUUCUACAAUUAGACCCAGCGGUUCCUGGUGUGUUCAACGGGCCUUAUCCACUUGGAAUCGACCCGAUCUGGAACGUCGCCACCAACAAGCUGACCUUCCUAAACUCCUUCAAGAUGAAGAUGUCUGUGAUCCUGGGCGUCAUCCACAUGCUCUUUGGAGUGUCUCUCAGUCUCUUCAACCACCUGUAUUUCAAGAAGCCGCUGAACAUCUUCCUGGGCUUCAUCCCAGAGAUCGUCUUCAUGUCCAGCCUGUUUGGUUACCUCGUUCUGCUGGUCUUCUACAAGUGGACAGCCUAUGAUGCUUUCACAUCCAAGGAUGCUCCCAGUCUGCUCAUCCACUUCAUCAACAUGUGUCUCUUCAACUACAACGACCCCACCAACAAACCCCUCUACGCGGGACAGAUGGGGAUCCAGGUUUUGUUGGUGCUGAUUGCCCUUGCAUGUGUUCCCUGUAUGCUGAUUGUGAAAACUAUGGUGCUUCGGCGUCAGCACCUGUGGAAAAAGCACCUGUCCCAGAAGAGGGAAGAAACCCCUGCAGAGAAUCUAGAGCAGUCUUUAGAGCAAACAGGCGUGUCCUCAUCAUGCACCGGACUCACCCAACAGGGCACGCAAAAGUUUGGAGGGGUGCGAGUGGGCAACGGGCCCACGGAGGACGAGGCUGGCAUCAUGGACCACGACCAGCUCUCCCAGCACUCAGAGGAAGGAGAUGAGCAUGCAGAGGAAGAGCCGUUUGACUUUGGUGACCUAGCUGUCCACCAGGCCAUCCACACCAUAGAGUACUGUCUGGGAUGCAUCUCCAACACAGCUUCCUACCUGCGCCUCUGGGCCCUCAGCCUGGCUCAUGCACAGCUGUCGGAGGUGCUCUGGUCCAUGGUGAUGCACCUGGGUCUGUCCUCCCGGAGUGGGGGUGGGUUCUUUGGCCUGUCCAUCAUCUUUGCAGCCUUUGCCACCCUCACUGUUGCCAUCCUGCUCAUCAUGGAGGGGCUGUCAGCCUUCCUGCAUGCCCUGCGUCUGCACUGGGUGGAGUUCCAAAACAAGUUCUACUGCGGGCAGGGCUUCAAGUUUGUCCCCUUCUCAUUCGAGAGCAUCUUGGAUGGACGAUUUGACGAGUGAUCCGGUCUCAGCCCCGACAGGAUAAUGACAGUCCCGAGCCUUUCCUCCUCUCUGUUCAGUGUUUGUAUGUGUGCAUGAGACCACGUGCAGCCCUCAUACACCCUCUAGUGAUCAUUUGUGAAGUUGUUAUUGUGUAAGAGCAAUAAUGUGGUCCUUGGAAAGGGUUUUUCCAGUGCACAUGUGCCAAGCUGUACCCAUGCUGGAACCACCACUCUACUCAAUACUCAACAUGUUUAGCUGCUGUACCAACAUCUCCUCCACCAACUGAAUACAUUUAGCAAGUCUGUGUCCAUACAGAUGAAUCCACCAGGAAUCUGUUGAAGAGAUCCUGUUAUACUGAUUAUAUUUUGAAAGUGUUGUCAUCAAAGGUUUUGAUCUACCAAACUUCAAUUUUUCUGACAGAUGGCUAAACAUCUUGUCUGUUCCAUGCUGAAAAGAUGCUCCAAAAACAAACCAAGAGUUUUUCAAUUUGUGUUAUGAUUAGAUUCUCAUGUUGAGAUCACAGUCUGACAAUGUAACGAUGGUAACUUUUUAGAUAUACUUUACAGCUUCUCUUUCAAACUUAGCACUGACACACAGAAGGACACACAGAGAGGGAAAGAUAUUAAAAAGCCAGCAUCCUUCAGCAUACAUCAUAUUGUCACGCCCGACAAGGGCUGAAAAUGAAUGGACAGUUUUGAAUGGAAUGAUUGUUAUUUCCAUCACAGCUGAUCUUAAGUGGAGCUGAUUAAUAUCAGUGAUUUCUGAAUGUGUACAGUUGUACACAUUCAUUCAAGAACAAAAGCCAGAUGUUAUUAUGAAGUAUUACUUUCUCCUUCAACACAAUGUAUUGAGCCCCACUCUGUCGGUACAGUGAUGGUGGCAGCCUGAGUGCAGUGAGGGUAGCCUAACGUAUUUAUAUGUACAGCUUGGAACAGUGAAGCAGUGGAAAAACCUUUGAAGAGUGAUUCUGCUCGUAAAGAUUAUUAUAAAACCAGCUUUCCUCUUACACCUGUGUAAUCAGAGACUCUACAGAUAACCCAUGAUUACUCCAGCUGCUCCUCUGCUCUUCAUCCACAAGCAUUGUCAGAUCAUCAGACAGAGCACAAGAAUAACAUUAAGACACAAGACAGAAGAGUUGUUCUGUGGUACAUCUGUAAGAAUACAUUCCCAGAAGUCAACGCAGUAUUUAAGGCUCGAGGAAGAGUUUAGUGACAUCACUAAUCUGCAGUUAACUCUUACACUCAGAUGACUUCCUGUUUAAACUGUGACUUAUCCUACUGAGGUAUCAGAUAUAAGUAAAUACCAAAAGAAGGCCUCAGCUGGAAGAUAGUUCAAUGUCAGUGCAGCAUGGCUUGCAACGGUUGCAUUGUUUGUUUCCCAUGAAAUGAUCUCAUGUGGAGCUGUAAGGCCAUGAGUCAGCAUUUGGCAUCAAUAUCACUACAGAUCAAUGUAUUCACGAUUGUUCCCAGUCUGAUCAGUGCACCUGGAUAUGACAUUUGUCAUUUCCAUGAAAUGAUAAUAUUUUUACUGGGGACUCUGCCACUGUAUAGAGUCAAUGUGUGGAUCAGAUGGAUGUAUUGACUUGUUAUUAUCUGGCCAGGACACAGUGUAAUAUUGAGAAGAAAACAAAGCUGUUGGUGAAAAAGACAGGAGCUCUGACGUUUCCCUCCCCUGUACUCAUUCAGUGUGACUUGUUGUUGUAAACUGAACUCAACCGUUCAAACUUAAAAUAUCUAAAAGUGAAUUGUGCCUAAUCGUCUCCAAUUGCUUCAGAAAUGUGGGAAAUAUCACUGGUGAAAGAAUAGUGACACAACUUUGUAAAAUGCACCUGACAUAUGUUUUUUUUUUUUUAAUUUAAAAAUGCUGUGUGUCAUUAGCGUGCCACCAUAUCCCUGCACUGAAACAUAUUCCUUCUGUUCAAACCAUGGUGCAGUUUAGAUUCACAGUAACAGUCAUAGUUAGUCCGUGAGUGUGUGUUUGAUUUUCGUUAUCUUUAUGAUUUUUGUUGUCGUUCUUGCAUCUGUGUUUACGUGAAAUCUUUCAGGUUGUGGUCAUUUGCAGUCUUUAUGCUCAAAAGUCACAAAACAAAAACAUUUCUAAAGGACCUAUUGAAGUGAUGUUGGUCAGUGAGUGGUGAUAUGGACGGUUAUGUGUUUGUGAUCAAUAAUAAACAGAGACUGGAGGAUUCA